UCGCCUCGCCCCUCGAUCUGACCAGCCACGCCCCGCCCCGCCGCCCGCCACCGCCGCCCAAUCCGAUCGCUCCUCCGUUCUCGGGAAUCCGCGAUCGUUCGCGUGCUCGAUUCGAUUGGGAUUUGGUUCGGGGGGCGGGGCUCGAGUUGGGCCGGGGAAAUGGCGGGGCAGGGCCAAGGGGCGGGCACGGAGCAGUUCGAGGCGUACUUCAGGAGGGCGGAUUUGGACGGGGACGGUAGGAUCAGCGGGGUGGAAGCCGUCUCCUUCUUCCAGGGAUCCAACUUGCCGCAGCACGUCCUCGCUCAGAUUUGGAUGUAUGCCGAUCAUGCCCGUACUGGUUUCCUUGGUCGGGCUGAAUUUUACAAUGCUCUGAAGCUUGUCACAGUAGCACAGAGUAAGAGGGAAUUAACGGCAGAUAUAGUCAAGGCUGCCUUAUAUGGCCCCGCUGCUGCUAAAAUACCCCCUCCACAAAUCAAUCUUGCUGCCAUACCUGCACCGCAUGCGAGCACUAUGGCUGUUGCGGCAACCCCGCAGAUGAGACCGACAGCUCAACCAGCAUCUCAGAGUGUUGGCUUUGGAUUCCCUUCACAACAACAACAACCUGUUAGACCGCCUCAACCUAUGCCUGCUCCUACUGCUUUCCGUGCGCCACAGGCCAAUACAGUUUCACAAUUUCCGAUGGGGAGUGGUUUAAUGGGUCCCGGUGUUCCAAACGCAAACAUUUCAAGUGAUUGGACCAGUGGAAGGAGCGUUGGAGCGUCAGUGGGAUCCAGAGAUGCUAAUUCUUCGGUUCUGUCAGCUUUGUCAAAACCACAAACUCCACCUUCUUUAUCUCCACAGACAAUGGCCAGUGCUUCUAAAGCACUAGUUGCGUCUGGAAAUGGAUCUUCUUCAGAUUCUUUUUUUGGAGGUGAUUUAUUUUCUGCAAAACCCUCUCCAUCUAAACAAGAAUCUUCUGCACUGACUAAUCCCACUGUCAGCGCACCUCUCUCCUCUGCUAUAACUUCUGUUUCUGGAGGCCAACCUUCUGCAAAGCCCAAUGCACUGGAUGCUUUGCAGACUUCAUUCUCUAAGCUUUCUUCUAGCACUCAGGUGCAGCGUCCUCCUAUGCCUUCGAACCCACGAGGGCAGGUUCCAUCACUAGGUUCUUCCUCAUUCUCAUCGCCCGGAAUUUCAGUUGGGGCAGCUAAUUCUUCUUCCAGUGAUAAUCAACUUAAUUGGCCAAAGAUGAAGCCGUCUGAUGUUCAAAAAUACACGAAGGUUUUUAUGGAAGUAGACACGGACAGAGAUGGGAAGAUUACUGGCGAGCAGGCUCGCAACUUAUUUCUGAGUUGGAGGUUACCAAGAGAUGUUUUAAAGCAGGUGUGGGACUUGUCUGAUCAGGAUAGUGACAGCAUGCUUUCAUUGAGGGAGUUUUGCUUUGCCCUAUAUUUGAUGGAGCGACAUAGGGAGGGUCGUCCUCUUCCCACAGCUCUUCCUAGUAAUGUCAUGUACGAUGAAACACUAUUGUCAAUGACAGGUUUACCAAAUGUUGCUUAUGGAAAUGCUGCUUGGGGUGCCAGUUCGGGUUUUAGGCCACAGCAAGGAAUGCCAGGUGCUCGACCAUUGGUUCCUGCAACUGGCUUGAGGCCAGGAAUGCAGGUUCCUACCCCUAAGGUAGACGCUGCGAAGCAAACCAAUCAGCAAGACUUGAGAGGACCAGCUUUAGGGGAUCCAUUUGCAAACGUAGUUGGCAACGUUGAACAAAAUUCAGUUGGUUCAGCACCUCAAGAGGCAACAACUAGGGGGAAAAAGGUGGAAGAAAAGGAGAAAGUGAUAUUGGAUUCAAAGGAGAAGAUAGAGUUUUACCGCACAAAAAUGCAAGACCUUGUUUUAUAUAAAACUAGAUGUGAUAAUAAACUGAAUGAGAUCUCAGAAAGGGCAUCUGCAGAUAAGCGUGAGGCUGAGUUACUUGGCAAAAAGUAUGAAGAGAAGUACAAGCAAGUCGCAGAAAUAGCAUCUAAGUUAACCAUCGAGGAGGCAACCUUUCGUGAUCUUCAGGAAAGGAAAAUGGAGUUGCAUAAGGCCAUUGUCACAGUGGAACAAGGUGGCAGUGCAGAUGGCCUUCUUCAGGUCCGAGCUGAUCGCAUCCAAUCAGAUAUUGACGAGCUUAUGAAGGCUUUGACAGAACGUUGCAAGAAGCAUGGUCUAGAUGUCAAAUCAACUGCACUAUUUGAGCUUCCAAAUGGCUGGCAGCCUGGGAUUCAGGAGGGAGCUGCUGUUUGGGAUGAAGACUGGGACAAGUUUGAAGAUGAAGGCUUUGUCAAUGACUUGAAUCUGGAUGGGAAGAACGUCUCUGUCCCUUCAAAAACAAAAUCAGCAUCUGUCGAGAGAGAGAAUGCUUCUACCGAGAAUGGUUUCGACCAUGAUUCUAUCUCUAAUCCUGAUGAAAAGCCUCAGAACUCUUUGGGUACCAUGGAACAUGCUUUUGAUAAUGAAUAUCAAUACGCCCAUAGUGAAGAUGAAUCAGCAAGAAGCCCUCAUGAAAGUCCGGUAGGUAGAACUUCUGUAGGGAGUCCAUCUCAAGUAUUUUCAGAUGCGCAUUUUGAAAAGAGUCCUGAAGCAGAUGCUGAAACACACAGAAGUUUUGAUGAAUCAACCUGGGGUGCCUUUGACAAUAACGAUGACGUGGACUCAGUCUGGGGAUUUAGUACCAAGGACUCGAAACAUGGUGAUUAUUCCUUUGCAUCGAGUGACUUUGGAGUAAACCCGAGACAAACAGGCUCCCCACGAGCAGAUAAUGCUUUCCAAACCAGGAGUGGUUUCGCUUUCGAUGAUUCUGUCCCAGCCACUCCUAUAUCCAGAUUUGGCAACUCCUCGCCAAGAUACAGCGAAGCAGGGGAUCAAUACUUUGACAACUUCUCGAGGUUCGAUUCCUUCAGAACCCACGACAGCGGAUUUUAUCCCCAACAACCUGAGAGGCUUACUAGGUUUGACUCCAUUAAUAGCACCAAGGACUUUGGCCACAGUCGUGGAUUCUCUUCUUUCGAUGAUUCAGAUCCAUUUGGUACUUCCGGUCCAUUUAAGGUUUCUUCGGAGAGUCAGACUUCGAAGAAAAGUUCAGACAACUGGAACGCCUUCUAGCCGGCCAUUUCUGUCCUGUUUGCUACAAAAUGUUCCUUGCCUUUUUUCCCCGGGUUUGCCCUUUUUAGUUUGUUAUGUAAGCCAAUUUUUUUGUUUUGCAUGCUGUAUAGCAGGAAAACAGAGCUGGGUUUUUGUAAUGUGAUUCGAUGUGGCCUUGUAUUUUCGCAGGGGACGAUGUAUUCAUUCUUGUAGGACGCCGAGACGAGAAGAGAGAUUGCUUUUCUUUCGCGUGUCUAAUACUAUUCAUACAGACUCUUGUGAUGUA